AUAAUGUGAAAUUUCUUUUAACUGGCUACACUCUUCGUUUGCGUGGUCUUUUUUUUAGUUUGAGUUUUACAUGUGUAGAGCAAAAUUCUCAAUCUCUCCGAAAGCGAAUGGGUAACUGCUGUUUGGCAAUUAUACAAAGCAGCGUUAACACGUAUAAGUAAUGUUAUCGUUUGUAAGAAAAAGAGCCAAUUAAAUAUUAAAAUAAUGACAAAUUUACUACAUAGAGUUGAGGCGUCGCUACGUAGUUUUUACAUAUUCAAUUCUAGCUAUGGCGGACGCGAAGGGCAGGAACACAAAAAAAUUUUGUUUUACCACCCAGAUGAUAUAGAAAUGAAUACAAAAAUUAAAGACGUGGGCUUAAGUGAAGCCAUAAUUACUUUUACAGACACUUUCGCUGAGGGUACUGGGUGCGAUAUACUACAUACUUUAAAAACAACUCAGAUAUUUCUUCAGCCGGAAGACGGUUUUUGGUGCGUUAUGACUUUAAAUGUACCGAAGACAGUCUGCAGCAAACAAGACGAAGAAUAUGAAGACUACCGCAAUGGUGAAAUAAAUGACGAAAUUUAUCGAAAAGUGCUGCAAGAAUCGUAUAAUCGUUUUUGCUUGCAGUACGGAUCAUUUGACACAAUUUUAAAUAGUGCGAAGAAUGGAUCAUCAAAUGCUCAAAGUAAACUACGCGAAAAAUUGAACAUUUUCUAUAGUGAAUAUGUACAAUCGUUAAAUUUGCCAAUAAGUGAUGUAACCCAAUUUUUGCGUUCGGUGCAAUAUUUGCCUUUGAGUAAAACCUUAUUCCUGAGAGUUCAUAAUUUUAUUCAAAUGGUUCAAGCAACAUUUCCUGCCAUAGUUGACACUUUGUUCCUUUUUAACGAUCAAAUAGUCAGUGGUGGUAAAUUCGAACCUUCCAUUUUGUUUACUAUAUACAAUUACAUUAUGGAUAACCGAAUACUGAGACGACCUCAACGCCUUACCGAAGGAAUUGAAUUUGAAGGGAGUCAAAAGAUCUUCUUAAACAGGAAUAACGAAUUGGUGCCAUUCAAGAUUUAUCAUCACUGUUCCUCUUCUGCUUCGUUAUAUAUGUAUGUUAAACGGGGCGAUAUUCUUUCGUCAGAAAUCCGCGAAGAUUUAGAAACUUAUAUUGAUGCCCAACUAGCUUUGUUGGCUUACGACAUAGCUCGAUUUAUAAUGUCCCACAGUAAGGUGUUGACACUUGUUAAUAACAGUGUUGAGCCGGAAGCGUUAAUACCUAGGUACCUUUUUGUAAAUGAACAGACUCUCAAACACAUAAGCAAUAUUGGAAAUUCCAAAGGCGAAAAAACUUCAUCCGCUGUCUGCCAGAAAUCGUUACCAUUGCAUGUAGUGAAUUUAUUAAUUGAUUCGGCGGCAACAACCAAAGAAAAUAAUAAAAAUGUCGCAAUGCCCCAAUUUGAAGAGACACUAAUAAAGUCAACAACGGACUUUUGGAUUGUUAAGAGACAAUGCAAUUGGCGCCAAUUUUAUGUGGUUAUAUUUAACAAAAAGGCUACGCUGCUGGAUGUGACUGCAGAAGCAGAACGCAUUUUUGACCAAGAGGUUACAGAUGAUGUAUUUUUUGACAAAUAAACAAUAUUAUUAAAUAAAUAAAAG